UAUCACGCGCAUCGUGUAGCUCAAUAUGGCGACGGCUUCGUCUGUUUUCCUCAGAGUGAGAACUGGAUCGAAGAUAGGUGCCCAAUAUGACCAAGACGGCAACCUUAUCCAGGUGGAAACCAGAGAGGACGAAGAGCAGAGUUUCAAACUUGCGGAGAUCCUGGAGCUCCUGCUGGCAGCUGGUUACUUCCGAGCCAGGAUAAAAGGACUGUCACCUUUUGAUAAGGUGGUCGGGGGUAUGACCUGGUGCAUCACCACAUGUAACUUUGACAUUGAUGUGGAUCUUCUUUUCCAAGAAAAUUUGACGAUUGGCCUUAAAAUAGCCCUGACAGAGAAAAUAGUUUCUGUUUUGCCGAAGAUGAAGUGCCCUCAUCACCUUGAACCCCAUCAAAUUCAAGGAUUGGAUUUUAUCCACAUUUUUCCUGUGAUACAAUGGCUGGUGAAACGAGCCAUAGAAACAAGGGAAGAGAUGGGUGACUAUGUGAGAGCUUACUCCAUUUCUCAGUUCCAGAAGAUCCACAGCCUCCCAGAGGAUGAAGAGUUUCUCCAGCAGAAAGAUAAGGCUGUGAAAACAGUGCUGGAUGUACUGGAAAUGUACAAACCGCAAAGAAAGUACAGGAGGCAGAAGGAUGCAGGACAGCUUCUGGAUGAAGAGUCCAGGGUUCAUUCGACCCUGCUGGAAUAUGGCAGGCGAUAUGGUUUCAGAAAGCAGUCCAAACAAGAAAAGGUGGAUGAGGAAAAGGCUUUGCUGGCCAGCGGCACUCAAAUGACCCCUCCUGGGAUGGUAGAGGUGUCAGAAGAAGACGACCUGCAGGCAGCAGAGGAGAUGCGAAUCAAAACUCUGAUGACCAGCAUGGCUGCUAUGGUGAAUGAAGAGGGGAAGCUGACAGCGAGUGCAGUGGGUCAGAUAGUUGGACUGCAGUCUGAAGAAAUCAAACAGAUUGCCUCUGAGUAUGCUGAGAAGUCAGAGCUGAUCUCAGAGGAGCGUUCAGAGCUCUACGGUCCGUUGCAGCAACACCACAGGGCGGUCACCUCGCUCACCAAACAGAUCCAGCAAAAAACGAAACAAUUGGAGGAGCUAAAAGCCAGGCAUGCAGAGGUGAAGACAGGCUGUGACGAGGUCAAGAGAAAACUGAUGAAGGCAAAACAGCUCUUGGAGAGCCUGGAAAAAGAGGUCAAGUCUCUAGAAGAGCUGGAGGAGCAGGCUGACAGUGGCUUGUUGGAGAAGCUGAGGGCUCUGGUAACAAUGAAUGAGAACCUGAAACAGCAAGAGCAGGACUUCCGCACACACUGUAGAGACGAGAUGGCCCGUCUACAGCAGAACAUUGAGGAGUUGAAAAUGGCAUCAGGACAGGAUACAGAGGAAAAGGAGAGGAACCAAUUGAUAGACAAACAGUACAAUGCAGACCGAGAUAAACUACAGAAGAUCCGUCUGGUCAUGGCUCGGAGGAACCGUGAGAUCGCCAUCCUGCAGAGGCAGAUUGACGAGGUGCCAAGCCGGGCCGAGUUGACCCAGUACCAGAAAAGAUUCAUUGAACUCUACAGCCAAGUUUCUGCAACACACAAAGAGACCAAACAGUUCUUCACGCUGUAUAACACAUUAGAUGACAAGAAGAUUUAUCUUGAGAAGGAGGUGAAUCUGCUGAAUUCUAUUCAUGACAACUUUCAACAGGCCAUGUCAUCUUCAGCAGCCAAAGAGCAAUUCCUCAGACAGAUGGAGCAAAUAGUGGAGGGAAUCAAACAAAGCCGGAUCAAGAUGGAGAAGAAAAAGCAGGAGAACAAAAUGAGGAGAGAUCGGCUGAAUGAUGAAUACCUGGAGCUGCUCGAUAAGCAGAGGCUCUACUUCAAAACUGUCAAGGACUUUAAGGAGGAGUGUCGGAAAAAUGAAAUGCUGCUGUCUAAGAUGAGAGCCAAAGGAGCUUCUUAACCCUGACUACAGCGUAAAAAGUUAUUUGAUAUAAACAAAAUAUUUCCUCUCAUGAGCUAAAUUAAUCAUAGUUAACUGUUUGUUUGUUUUUUAACAUUACACACAUUGUUUCAUUGUUAUCCUUUAUGGCUGAUAUGUUUGUAGGCCAGCAUCUAAAAACCUGUGAGAAGAGUCCAGGAUAUUAUAUUGACACUUCGGCAUUCACAUGUGCCAAAUCCAGCUGCCUGAAAAACACAAAGAAACCUUUUAACGUAUCAAGUCAAAAGAAGCUAUGGAGGGUUUGACGCAUGUUGGCGUGAUCUUCAACUGAGGUGCGAAUGCAGCAUCUGCAACAACCAAGAUGGUCACCAAAUACCAACCAAGUUGAAACUGUUGACUUUCAAGAUGAAUAAUGUUUGGGACCCUUGUAACAAUCCUCUUAAUCAGAACCUUAUAUCUGACAACUUUUCACUGUGGGACCGAACAAUGUCAAAUUUAAUCAUUACUCAGUUAACAUUAACAUCACACCUUCAAAGCUGUACUAUACUGUACAGUUGCUCUAGCUUGAGAAAUGUGAUAAUGUCGUUUCUGUUGAUCCCAUGUCAACUCAAGGUGCCUUAACUUUUUUUUUCACUGAUAAUACAUAAAUAGGGCAUUUAUGAACCUAAGUUCUGAAAGUCCAUCAUAGUAUUUUGAACUUUCAAGGUGAAGCUUUAAGCAUUGCUCUUUGUUUGAUAUAAUUUUACAGUCAGGCUGCUCGAAUGUCAUUCUAAUGCUUGAGCUCACUUUAUGUCUUAUAUUUGCUUUCACGACCCAAUCACCAUAAGGUACUUAAUAUAGCAGCAUUUAAUGAAUAAAAUGAUCUUAAGAAUUGAAA